UUCAUUCCCUCUUCUCUGCUCCAUCAUAUCUUCAACAAACCAUCUCUCUCUUUCUCUCUCUCUCUCUAAUAGACACAAAAAAUGGCAAUCUUUGGUGUGGGAAAUAUAGUUUUGGUUCUUAGCAUAUUGUGCAACGUUGUACCAAGUUUGGGUACGAAGUACACUGUCGGAGACACCUCAGGGUGGGCACUUAGCGUCGAUUAUGGAACUUGGGCUAGUGGCAAAACUUUCAAAGUCGGUGAUUCUCUUGUGUUCAAUUAUCCAAGUGGACACACGGUGGAUGAAGUGAGUGGGAGCGACUACAAGUCAUGCAGUGCGGCGAAUUCCAUCAGCACAGACAGCAGCGGCGCCACCACCAUCCCUCUAAAGGCCGCCGGAAAACGCUACUUCAUCUGCUCCGUCAUGGGCCAUUGCAGCGGCGGCAUGAAAUUGGAGGUCAACGUGGAAGCAGCGGGAUCCGGCGGUUCUACACCGCCGUCGUCAACUUCACCGCCAGCCUCCGGCGGCGGCGCCACCCCGGAUUCUCCGGCGACAAAGAGUGCUCCCAAGCAAGAAGUUCCGGCGCCGUCGUCUUCCCCGGCCACCGUGUCUCCAUUAGCGGCUUCUUUGUUUCUGGGUGUAAUGAUUGUGUUGUUGGCUUUUUGAUGGUCAGGAUAGAGGCAGUGCUGCAUGUGUUUGUAAUGAUUAUGAUGUUUUCUAUUGAGUGAUUUAUCCAUUUUAAUAUGAUUUUAUCCACUUUGUGUGCUUCUUUUUGAGUUUGUUAGAUUUAAUUUCAUGCUCAUUUUAUUUUUUGAAUGACGAUGAAAUCUGUUUUCUGUAUAUGAAAAUAUGUAUUUAAUAAA